AUGACGAUCGACUUUUCCAGUAUUUUCCAUCAGGAUUCCGUGCUUGUGAUCUUCACGAUCAUUGCCAUCGGUUACCUGAUCGGAAACAUUCGGAUCGCCCGGUUCGAAAUCGGUGUCACCGGUGGCGUGCUUCUGUGUGCAUUGCUGUUCGGUCACUACGGUUACACGAUCGAUCCUAUCGUCCAGUCGAUCGGUUUCACGCUCUUUAUCUAUUCCGUCGGCUGGCAGGCCGGACCGCAGAUCCUGAACGUCUUGCGUCAGGAUGGUCCGAAGUAUCUUGUUCUGACACUGUUCAUGACCGCCGGCUCCUUUCUGCUCGUUCUUGGAUUGGCGUGGCUUACCGGCCUCUCCAAUUCCUUUGCCGCCGGCCUAAUGGCAGGCAGCCUGACCAGCACCCCCACGCUCGUCGGCGCCCAGAAUGCCGUUUCAUCGGGCCUUGUCUCCCUUCCCACAGGAGAAACGGCAAACAGUCUGAUCGAGAGCAUCAGCGUUGCCUAUGCCAUUACAUAUAUUUUCGGAACGGUCGGUCUGCUGCUGGUCGUCAAGCUGCUGCCGAACCUGCUCAGGACAGACCUUGCCGCAGCAGCGGAAACCUUCGCCAACGAGCGCGGGUUCAAGGCGGAAAACGUGGAAGAAAAGAUCGAAAGACCGAUCUUGCGAGCCUAUGAACUGGAUGACCCGGGGCUGAACGGCAUGACCAUUGCCGAAGCUCUGGCGGCCCGCACCACCAAGGAAAUCAGCUACAAGUCUCUUUAUCGGCUGAAACGGGGGGCAGACCUUAUCGAUCCCCAGCCUGAAACGGUGAUUGAAACCGGCGACAAGGUUGCGGUCUUCGCGACACCGGAAGAGCACGCCAAGGCGCGAGAUCUUUAUGGGCUCGGAGCGGAAGUUCUGGACAGGGAUCUGAUCGAUGCGGUCGUUGAUGUUGCCGAAGUCGUGGUGACCAACCCGAUGUCGGUCGGUAAAUCGCUGGAACAGAUCGGUACCUACGAACGGCACGGCUGUUAUCUGACGCGGAUCACCCGCUCCCAGAUUCAGCUGCCCCUUGCGCCCGGGACGGUUGUCCAGCGCGGUGACGUCAUGAUCCUGACCGGAGAAAGACGUGCGCUCGACCGUGCGAUUGCCGAACUUGGCGCUGAAGACCGCAAGGCCGUUGAAACGGACCUGUUGACGUUCGCUGCCGGGAUUGUCUUCGGCCUGAUGCUCGGUCAGAUCACCGUCAAGGUCGGCGACAUCAAUGUCGGAAUAGGAACCGCAGGCGGUUUGCUGGUUGCCGGGAUUUGUGUCGGUUUCUUGCGGGCAAAUCGGCCGACCUUCGGGCGCAUGCCGGCGGCCGCCAGAUUUAUCCUGAUGGAACUUGGUCUGCUUCUGUUCAUGGUCGGCGUCGGACUGAAUGCGGGAGGCGGUAUCGCAGAGGCGAUCGGAUCCGUCGGACCGGUGCUGUUUGUUUCGGGUGUCGUCGUGACGUGCCUGCCUCUGUUGUGUGGAUACGCAUUCGGACGGCUUGCCCUUGGCAUGAACCCGGCAUUGCUACUGGGAGCGCUUACAGGAGCCAUGACCAGCACCCCUGCCCUCGGCAUUGUCCAGCAGGCGGCCAAAAGCACCGUGCCUGCACUCGGUUACGCCGGCACCUAUGCGCUGGCGAACGUGCUCCUGACGCUUGCCGGCACCAUGAUCAUGCUGCUUUGA